AUGAGUAGUAAAUCCAAGGCUGAGGACAAAAAUGUUGAAUCGUUUUGCAAAGGAUUCUUCGCGUAAGUUCUCUCAAGUAUAACAUGAUUUUUCCUUGCAGUAUUACCGACAAUUGUGUGAAAGAAGAGAAUCAGAUCAGCUUUGUACAUAGGUAAGUCAGUCCACAUUGGUUUUUGCUUGAAAUUACCAUCAAGUUUGAUGUUUUUAUUAUAUUUUAGACGUGAGAUAUUAGUUUUUCAAUUUUAGCGUGAUCUGCGCAUUGGAACACAAUGUUCAGGAAGAGAACCGUCAAGACGUGGUCAAGAAGAGUUUGUUGUACUUUUUGAAGAAGCUGCAGUUUGAUUCUGAAGAAGAAUUGGAUUUGGUUUUGGAUUUAUGGAAGAAAUUUGUGAGUUUUUUAUUUUUAUUUUUUUUUCAAAUUUUAGGUAUUGCAUGUAUGCAAUGAGGCUUCUGCAAGCUCUCCUCCCUAGAAAUGAGCUAGUUCUGCCAAAAAUCUGAAGUUUCCAACUAAAUUUCUAUUAUUUUAGUCAAAGACAAGUAGAAAUCUUGGCCCAGUUGCGAUUUUCAAGAACAUUGAGCCGAACUACCAGCAAUUUUGGCAGUAUUAUCGCCUGUACGUGGAGGCCUUGAUUGAACACGGGCAGAAAGACGAGAUUCCCAAGGUGUUGACGAGGUGUGCCAAGAACUGUGAGAUGACCAUGGAUGAGCUGAGGACAAAGUUUGGGUAGGUGUAAAAUUUUUGGUUUCAUAUGUUCUACGUUUAGGCGGAAAUUCCAUUCGGUAUUCCCACCUGCCGACGAUGACUCUACGAUUCAGUUGAUGCAAAGCGUAACGAAUCUUCCGAAUCGCAAGUCCGUUGUUCCCUCAAAGGAUAAGAAAGCGCACGUUCAGAGGAGGCGGUCCAGCUUGUGAGUGGGGGUUUUUGGAUGGCUUUUGAGGUCCUUUUAUUAGCCUUGUAUCUAAUUUGACCUUUUUAUUUCGAAAUAUUUCAGAGCUCCGCCAAAAUUGGAUAUGGUGUUGGAGAAGAGUUUGGAGAACUCCAUCAAUGAACCCAGGACCUCGGACACGAGGAAAUCAGCUCUCAAAGACUUCCAAGAGACGUUGCCAGCUUCUCAAACGACUCAAGGUAAAAUUUAUGAUGAUUCGAAAGAUUAGUUAUAUUGUACUUGAUGUCAGCUGUAAAUUUUGCGAUUUUUUCGCCGGUUUUGGCAAAAUUUAGUUGCGAUUUAAUGAAAUAAUGGAUUUUCAGUAAUUUCUCAAUCACAACCAAAGAAGUCGGAUGAUUUUUCAAUCUUCUGCGACGAGCCAAGUGCCCAUGGAAGAAUUUCGCCGAAAAGAGCGACGACAGUCAACUCUCCAGCUCACAAGAAGCCAAGGAUAAGUCCAGAGUGCACCACGUCGCUCGAGAAUAUUAGUGCAGAAAAGGAAAAUGUGAGAAAACGAAAUUUUUUAUAUUAUUUUAGGUAGGCUUAUAUUGCACUAGGCAAAAAUUUAAUUUUUUUGAAAAAAUUUAACUUCUUUUAUUCUAAAUGGUCAUAUGAAGCCUCUAGUGGGAUAAUAUGAGAAUUAAUGGAUGUAUUUUUAGGUCGAACACAAGCUCUCGCUCGAUAUCAACAGCCCCACGGUCUGUGGAUUUGGCCGCCCAUCCAACUUUGAUGCCAUGUCCAGCACCCCGGAGGCCGUUUCGAAGGCCAGAAUGAGCAUCCUGAACGUUCCACCAUUGGAGUUUGAUCGCGGUGCGUCGCCGUUGGAUCUGAGCAAGGAUGUCUUGAAUUCAGCGCCUAAAACAAUAUCGAAACCGGAUAAACGGGCGGUAAGAGGGGUUGUAAUGGGCAAACUGCUUUGUUAGAAGGAUAGUUGAACAUCUCAGGAUGAUUUGGCGGGAAGAAUAUUAAGUUGCACACCAUUUUUGAGAAUUUUAUCAAAAAAUUGUCAUUUUAGACACCAUCUCCGAAUCUGGAGUGCGCCCUUGGAAAGCUAGCGAUAAAUGGAGCCACCGGAUCCCAUGAAGAUCUACUAGAGAGCACUGUCAAUCAAUCGUGAGUAUUUUGGUGAAGUUUUGGGUUCAGUUUUAUAUUACACUUGCCUAUAUUCCACAUCAAAAAUUUUCAAUAAUUAUAAGUUGCAGGCUCGAAUUUAACGGCGAGUUGAACCCGUGGGAUGAGAAGGCUCGACUCGAGAUGGUCAAAAAAGCCACUCUGAUUGUAAAUCAACACGACUUCACGAAAGAGAAGGCACCCAAAUUUGAUGUAAAUCAUAAGGUCGUAUUGGGUGGAGAAACCUUCUUUAUCAGUCAACUGCUCGGCCAUGGAGGCUUUGCCAAGGUUUUCAAAGCCGGAAAUGAUGAAGCGAAACAUUUUGCAAUCAAGGUGGGUUUUUUUGGAAUUUGGGAUAUUGUAGUAGGUAAAAAGUUGUAAAGUUGGGGGAAUUGUCUCGGUUUGUGGUACUGUGGGGGUUUCUCAGGGAAUUUUGAGGUGGUCUUGAGUAGUAUUGGCGUUGAAAAUUUUGAAAAUAACAUUAUUUUUUACCUUUGAUGUCAAGUGUAAUAUAAAUUUAGUUCCAAAAACUAGCUCUUGGUAGUUGAUAGUCCAGUUGAAGUUUCUAAGGGUAUUUUGAGGUGGUUUUGAGUAGUAUUGGCGUUGAAAAUUUUGAAAAUAUCAUUAUUUUGCAUUUGAUGUCAAGUGUAAUAUAAAUUUAGUUCCAAAAACCAGUAUUUGGUGGUUGAAAGUCCAGUGGAAGUUUCUAAGGGUAUUUUGAGGUGGUUUUGAGUAGUAUUGACGUUGAAAAUUUUGAAAAUACCUUUCAAAUUUGAUGUCAAGUGUAAUAUAAAUUUAGUUCCAAAAGCUAGCUUUUGGUGGUUGGUAGUCCAGUGGAAGAUCCUAAGGCAAUUUUGAGAUGGUUUUGGGUAGGAUUGGCGUUGAAAAUUUUGAACAUACCCUUCAAAUUUGAUGUCAAGUGUAAUAUAAGUUUAGUUCCAAAAACUAGCUCUUGGUGGUUGAUAGGCCAGUGGAAGAUUAUAAGGGUGUUUUGAGGUGGUUUUGAGCAGCAUUUGUGCUGAAAAUUCUGAAAAUAACAUUAUUUUUUACCUUUGAUGUCAAGUGUAAUAUAAAUUUAGUUCCAACAACCCGCCUGCCCAUACGAAGUCCACAUGAUCGCCACGGUAUGCAAAGCCAUGCCGCCGAGACUCAAGGACUUUGUGAUGCAAAUCCGAGACGCAUUCAUAUUCAAGGACGCGAGUGCCAUCGUUUACGAUUACGGCCAAUACGGAACGGCGUUGGUAAGAAAACCGCACAAAAACUUGUUGAUUUUUGUAGAAUAGUAAAAAAAUAUAUGUUUACGGUCGAUUUUAGGACCUCGCCAACACGUACAAAACCAACAAACGAGAGAUUUAUGGGGGAGCGUUGACGUUGAUCGCGCUUCAGCUAGCCGAAGUCCUCAAAUACAUCCAUAAAGCUGAGAUUAUACAUGCUGAUAUAAAACCGGAUAAUUUACUGCUUUGUGAACCGUAAGUUGAGAGGAUUUUGAGGGUGAAAUUACAAGAAAAAGACGUUUUUGUUGCGGCGGUCGCCUCUUGCCGAACGUCGUCAAUUGGGAGUUUUUCAAGCAAGAUUGUUCCCUCGGGUCGCUUCGCAAUAAUGUUUGGCGUAAAAAUAGCUGAAGUCGCCGUUGGCGCACAAAACAUCCGAAUUUCUGGCCGUUGAACGCCAUUUCCGUGGCCUUGCGGACCAGACGUUUGGAGGCAGUGAUGUCGUUCACCAUUGCCUAAAAUACGGAUAAUUUUGCGGCGUGAAAAAGGCACUCAAAAUCGGGGAGCGAUGAUUGGGGAAAAAGACAGUUGUGGAAACUGAAAAGUAUUAUUUUUCUUCGAUGUAAGUGUCGAAGUUAGGAUAAUGGUGCUGAUUUCGGAAAUGACAUUCAUUUUUGUGAUUGUUACUGUUUUUCUUAAGCAGUACUGUAAAGUAGUAAUCUUUUGAAAAUUUUUCACAAAUACUCGAUUUAGGGGUUUCGAUAGUGCUGAUUCCGAAAAUCUCAUUUAUUUUUUCUGAAUUGAAAUCAAGGCUUCAUGGAAAUUGGACAGAGCGUGGAAAUUGGACAGAUUUUUUGACUGCAACCGUACGAAAUGUCACUAUUUUUUUGCAGUGAAAAAAUCUGUCCAAUUUCCACGCUCCGCCCAAUUUCACUCUGUCCAAUUUCCAUGAAGCCUUGAUUUCAAAUCAGAAAAAAUGAAUAAGAUUUUCGGAACCAGCACUAUCGAAAACCCCUAAAUCGAGUAUUUGCGAAGAAAAUUCAAAAAAUUACUACUUUACAGUACUACUUAAGGAAAAAAGUAACGAUAAAAAUGAAUGUCAUCUCCGAAAUCAGUACGAAUAUCCUAAUUUCGACACUUACCUCGAAGAAAAAUGAUACUUUUCAGUUUCCCCAACUGUCUUUUUCCCCAAUCAUCGCUCCCCGAUUUUGAGUGCCUUUUUCACCCCGCAAAAUUAUCCGUAUUUUAGGCAAUGGUGAACGACAUCACUGCCUCCAAACGUGUGGUCCGCAAGGCCACGGAAAUGGCGUUCAACGGCCAGAAAUUCGAUGUUUUGUGCGCCAACGGCGACACCCUCUUGCCAUACCCCAAAAUUUGGAUCGCCACGUCUUUAAAAGUAGUGUGUAGACGGUUGAUUCUUGCAGACCGGAAGGAACGUCCAGCAUAACAGUGCUGCGGGACCGCCCCAUCAUCAAACUCAUCGACUUUGGGCGCGCCAUUGACAUGAAGUACUUCAAGGGCAAGGAGUUCAAAGGCCGCUCCAAGACCAACGGCUUCGACUGCUGCGAGAUGAAGGAGGGCCGACCCUGGACCUACCAGACCGAUUUCUUCGGCUAUGUGGCGACUUUGUACCUGCUCAUCAUGAAUAAUUACAUGGAGAUUCAGAAGGUCGGAAAUAAGUACAAACCAACGAACUCGAUCAAAAGGAGGCUAGUCAAUCGGUAAGGAGGGAGGAUUAAUUUUGAGCUUUUUGGAAAGAGAAGAGCAUAGAAUUUGAUUUUUUUUUGAAAGUUUAAUAUGUCAUGAUGACGGAUUUUUUUGAAAAUUUAAUCUGUCGUGAUGACGGAUUUUUUGAAAAUUUAAUCUGUCAUGAUGACUGAUUUUUUAAAUUUUAAUCUGUCAUGAUGAUGGAUUUUUUUUUGAAAAUUUAAUCUCUCAUAAUGACGGAGUUUUUUGAAAAUUUAAUCUGUCAUAAUGACGGAUUUUUGUGAAAAUUUAAUGUGUCAUAAUGACGGAUUUUUGUGAAAAUUUAAUGUGUCAUGAUGACGAAUUUUUUCGAAAUUUUUUAAAAUGCAGUUUUCAAUGCCUUGCAAAUUGCCUUGUCACCAAACCAAUACGAAUUUCAAUGUUUUCAGUCACGUUUUCGUCGAGCUCUUGGACGAGUUCCUGAACAUCCCCUCCUGCUCCGAACUCCCCGACUGGGAUCGAUGCAUCCAAUUCAUCACCGAAAACCUGAUGGAGGUCCACAAAACCGAGCCCAUUCCCUUCCGGAACGGCGUUCAAGCCAUGUUCGACAUGAUCAAACACUCAAAACCCAAAUAA